AUGAUGUCUCACCUUUCCUUCUUCCUAUUUAUGGCUAUCCAACUCGUUCAACUGGUUAAAGGUGAUAAUCUAUUUAUCGGAUGUGGGUUCGAAGUGGUUAAUUACGAAAUGAUAUUUACAACUCCCUACAAGAGUGUAUGUUAUAACAUGUGUAAAUCCAAAUCUUACACCUAUUACACUCACAAAGAAAAAAUGGGUCAAUGUGUAUGCUACCUCUAUCCACCUCCUGCAGCGGAAUAUAUGCCUGGUACUCCCGAUAACUGUAACGGUCAAUUACAAUAUAAUUUGAUCAAGUCUAAUUGGAAUUUCCAAAAAUGUUACAAAUCUCCUCAAAGCAAUAUGACUGAGAUUCCUUCCGAUUCAUUCAAAGCUUGUAUGGAUGGGUGUGCACCUCAUCAGAUAGCUAUUGCCAGACCGACUGGUAUCUUCCCCGGCCAGACAAACUGCGUAUGCUGUGGAGAGCAUGAUCUGGAUGGGAUGGAAGAGACAGAAUGCGAUUUGGAAAAGUAUUAUGUGUUCUCCCACACUCCCACUCCGGUACCAACCGCGAAACGAGCUUUAAGAGCGUUAGCAAUUGCUCAAAGACAAGCUUUCAACCCCCCUGGUCCAUACUAA